AUGGUAUUCGGGUUACAACGUCGCGGUAGCGUGCCAGCAACCCCCGCCUCCCACCGCUCCGACGAAGACUCGCGGGAAACCCCCCUCCAGAUCAGUCAACGGACCAUCUACGAGCGGUUCCUUCCAGGAGGGACCUACAUCUCCGCCCACGUCGCCCGCCAACAGCCUGGAUACUUCAGCAACGAUCGCAUCGGUGUGCAUAUCCCGCGCAUGCAUUUCGUAGCGAUCUCCUUCACGUUCCACGCGUCGCAUAGCUCCAAGCAGCGGUUCAAAGCCGCUGAGAUCUCCGUUGGCGUCACAUGUCCGUCGCGGCGUGGCACCAGUAGCGGAAUUUCUGGUGUCCCCGGGGAAUAUCCGCGGAUCAUCAAGUACGCACCGCAUCUCGUCUAUGGCGCAAUCUCUCCCGAGAACAUGAAAUGGCAGUUCAACUUAACCGGAUCCCUAGGCAUCAGCCAGACGCCGUUGAACGCCUCUCUGCGACCCAGCCGCGGCUACACCAGUUCGGCGACCGUGUACCGAUCCAUGCGAAUCCAAGGCUCCAGCCGCACCGCCUACGUUCAUCGAAACGGUCCCGCGUCCAGCAAAGCUCGAAAGGAGUCGGACUGGGACGCCGUACCCGACGGCGAGGUCGUCUGGACCGUCGAAGAAAACCCCCUCCAAAAAUCUGGCCUCCCCACCGAAUUCACCUUCGUGAUGCUCAUCUCCCGCCCGGAGAGUCUCUCCGACCGCGACGUCCAAGUCCACGUCCGCGUGAACCCCACGAUUACGUACAGCGCGGCGCAUUACUGGCGCUGGAUGCUCGACCGAUGGUAUCCGCCGGCGAACAUCGAUCAAACGUCUCCUUUGACGCUGGCGUAUCGGACGGGGCAGCCGUUCGAUGAAGAUCCGACGGAUGGGGAAGAGUUCAACUUUUCCCAGAUUUUGGAGGACUUUGAUGAGCAGGUGGAGUUGCCGGGGACGACGUAUACGCUAAAGGAUCCGAUCAAGACUGUCCUUGAUCCUCGGGGACAAACUCAUAGGCAUCAGGAUUGGGGCGCUGAAAGAUCGGAUGGAAGGAUUGGAGACAUCGAGUCCCAAUCGGCGACCUUGGUUCCGACGCCCAAUAUCGCAAAGCCUCGAGUUGCUCAACCGGCCCAAGGCCAGAGCACUCAAACCACUGUGCCGACCGUCGCCCGGCAGCUUGACUCCAAUGAGACAUCGAUGAAAUCGGUUCAGAUUACGGAUGUUCCGCAGCAGGAGGUAUGA